GUCACAAUUGAAAAGGACGCUAACCGUUAAAUUCGUCACGUAAGGCGUUUUGGAGAAGAUUUUUCUGUGAAAAUUCCCUGAUAAUUAAGUGAAAAGUGACCUGAAAAUGGAUAAUAAGACCACAUCCGACUCACCCACUACCAUUUAUGAUCUCCCACAUAAUGCCUUGGUGCGCAUCGGGAGAUUUUUGAACUGGUUUAACAUUGUGGAACUUCGUUUGUGCUCCCGGAAGUGCAAGGAAAUGGCAGAAGUGAUGCUUGAAAAGGGCCUCAAGGAAAUUUCUUUGUCCAAUGAUUUGGACCGCGAUGUAAACGACGAUCCCAACCAAUACACUCCAAUCCGGUACUGCACAAAAUUGCGCAAAUGCGAAUUCACAAGUAUGAAUUUAUUCAAAGACAAGAAGAUGCACCAGUUCCUGAGUAACAAUCCGCACCUUAAGGAAGUCUCAAUUAGGCAUAUGAGGAAUACAACCACUGCUGGAAUCCUUCCACUCGCCAACUGUAUGAAUCUGUCCAAGCUCACUCUUGUCUGCGUCCCAAUCGAUGAUCAAUUCCUCCGGAGGUUGACCAGGCACAAGAUUCAUUUGGUGGAAGUGGAAUUGACCCAUCUGAAGAUCACAGUGCGCGGUGCCCGAGACUUCUUCAGGGCACAGCCUCUCCUGGAGAAAAUUACUCUUGCCAUGCGACACGAUGAUAUCAGACCGUGCCUCCUAACGAUCUCCAAGCACUGCCCGAAAUUAAAAUCUCUGGACAUUCACAAUGCUAAUCUUAAUGACGACAACGAAUGCGCUUUGCGUUUUGCAAAGAAAUGCCCCACUUUGGAGGAAAUUUGUCUCCGAUACAAUGGCAUGUACGAAUUUACGCGGAACCAUCCCGUUGUUAGAGCAUUGGAAAACUUGAAAAACAGGGAUAUCGAUGUUGUACUCCAUGAAGCCGAUGAUUCUGAUAUUUCUGACUUCGAGUCAUCCUCAUCAGGCUCAGACUCGGAGUUCCUGCGAUCUGAUUAAAAUGAUUUAACAAAGUUCCAGAACAUUUUUCAUUAUCGCCUUUUGACCCCAAAUGUAAGGUCAAAAGUACAUUUUCAUUUUUCACUAAUAUGAAUUCAUAAAUUCUCAUACUAAUCCUAAAAAAUAUUAUGAAGUCUUUGAAAUUCAGUUUAUUAAUUAAAAUUAAUUUAUUAUGAUUAAAAAAAA